AUGGCCAAUCCCAAGUCCCUUCUCACCCUAACCUCUCUCUUCUCUCUCUUCCUUCUGACCCUCUCCUCCAAACUCACCCUCUCUCUCUCCCCAUUCCCCAACUACCCAGCUUCAGAUCCACUCCAAGCCCUCAGCUUCCAUGCCUCUGCCUCCAUUUCCAGAGCCCACCACAUCAAAAACUCCAGAAAACCCAACUCUUCUCUCACCCAAGUCCCUCUCUUUCCUCACAGCUAUGGCGACUACUCAGUCUCCCUCAACUUUGGGACACCCCCACAAACCUCUUCCUUCAUUAUGGACACAGGAAGCAGCCUUGUUUGGUUCCCCUGCACCAAACGCUACAUUUGCUCCAGAUGCCAAUUCCCAAACAUCAACCCAGCAAAAAUUUCAACUUUCAAGCCCAAACUCUCCUCCUCAUCCAAAAUCGUCGGCUGCCAAAACCCCAAAUGUGGUUGGAUUUUUGGCCCAGAAGUCAAAUCCAAAUGCCCAAAUUGCAACAACCCGAGUCCCCAAAACUGCUCGCAAGCCUGCCCAACUUACAUAAUCCAGUACGGUUCAGGCACCACAGCUGGGAUUUUACUUUCCGAGACACUCAAUUUUCCCAAGAAAAUUGUCCCGGAUUUUCUCGUCGGCUGCUCUUUCCUCUCGAUCCGCCAACCCUCUGGGAUUGCUGGGUUUGGCCGCGGACCACAAUCGCUGCCUGCCCAAAUGGGCCUCUCCAAAUUCUCCUACUGCUUAGUCUCUCACAAAUUCGACGACACCCCACAAAGCAGCGACCUUGUCCUCUACAGCAGCAGCAGUGGCAGCAGCUCAAGCUCUGAAGAAGAACCAACCAUCGCUGAAAGCCAGAGAAACAAAACCAGACUUCAAAGCUUGAGCUCCACCCCAUUUCAGAAAAACCCAGGUCCUCCAAACUCCGCUUUCCGCGAAUACUAUUACAUCAUGCUCAGAAAAGUCAUUGUGGGCAACAAGAACGUCAAAAUCCCCUACAAGUUUCUGGUUCCUGGAGCUGACAGCAGUGGCGGCACCAUAGUCGACUCAGGCUCGACCUUCACGUUCAUGGAGAAGCCGGUUUUCGAACUGGUGGCCAAAGAGUUCGAAGCCCAGAUGGCGAAUUACACAAGAGCCAAGGACUUGGAAAACAAAACGGGCUUAAGGCCCUGCUUCGACAUUUCAAAGGAGAAGAAAGUUGACUUCCCAGAAUUGGUCUUCCAAUUCAAAGGUGGUGCCAAGAUGGAAUUGCCAUUGACGAAUUAUUUCUCUCUGGUUUCAAGCCCGGGCGUUGUGUGCUUGACCAUUGUUACAGAUGGGGUUGUAGGUCCAGGCGGUAAUGGUGGACCUGCGAUUAUUUUGGGCAAUUAUCAGCAGCAGAAUUUUCAUGUGGAGUAUGAUUUGCAGCAUGAGAGGUUUGGGUUUCGAAAACAGAGCUGUAAAUAA